GGGAUACACUUCUGCAGACGGAGAGGAGCAGCAUGCACAGUCAGAGCAUGUGGAGAGCGGGUCUCCUGGUGGUGACCCUGUGUGCCGGCCUUGCGCUGGCCCAGUUCCCCCGGGAGUGCGUGACCCCCGAGGGGCUGCAGAGCGGCCAGUGCUGCCCGUCCCCUACAGGGGGGGCCGGGGACGAGUGCGGCUCCAGCACGGGGAGGGGGCAGUGCGUUUCCAUUGCGGAAGACAACCGGCGCCACGGACCCCAGUAUCCGUACGCAGGGCGGGACGACAGGGAGAGAUGGCCGCUGAGGUUUUUCAACCGCACCUGCCAGUGCAGCGGGAAUUUCAGCGGCUACAACUGCGGGGGGUGCCGACACGGGCUGACCGGACCGACCUGUGAUCAGAGGAUCUCUGUGGUGAGGAGGAAUAUCAUGCAGAUGAGCACGUCGGAUAAGCAAGCAUUCGUGAGCGCUCUGGACCAAGCUAAGAGGACUGUGCACCCUGACCUGGUCAUCUGUACACGACGGUACCAGGAGGUGUUUGGGCCCGAUGGCAACACCCCACAGUUUGAGAACAUCACCAUUUACAACUACUUUGUUUGGAGCCACUACUACUCCGUCAGCAAAACCUACCUGGGGCCGGGCCAGGCGAGCUUCGGAGGAGUGGACUUCUCCCACGAGGGCCCGGGUUUUGUCACCUGGCACCGUUUCCAUCUGUUGCAACUGGAGAGAGACAUGCAGGACAUGCUGGGCGACUCCACCUUCGCCCUGCCCUACUGGAACUUUGCCAUCGGCGGCAGCGAGUGUGACAUCUGCACAGACGACCUGAUGGGAGCCCGGAGCUCUUUUGACAUUAACUCCAUCAGCACCAACUCGGUGUUCUCCCAGUGGAGGGUCAUCUGCGAGAGCGUGGACGACUACGACUCGCUGGGCACCGUGUGCAACAACUCAGAAACCAGUCCCAUCAGGAGGAACCCCGCGGGCAACGUGGCACGGCCCAUGGUGCAGAGGUUGCCGGAGCCCAAGGACGUGCUGGACUGUCUGGAGCUCAACACCUUCGACACUCCGCCCUACUACUCCACCUCCUCUGAGAGCUUCAGGAACACCAUCGAAGGCUACAGCGCCCCUCAGGGGAUGUACGACCCGGUGGUGCGCAGCCUCCACAACCUGGCCCACCUCUUCCUCAACGGGACGGGCGGGCAGACUCACCUCUCGCCCAACGAUCCCAUCUUUGUCCUGCUGCACACCUUCACCGACGCUGUCUUCGAUGAGUGGCUCCGCCGGCACGCACCAGGUGAAGUAGUGUACCCCGAGGAGAACGCUCCUAUCGGGCACAACCGCCGGUCCAACAUGGUUCCCUUCUGGCCUCCUGUCACCAACGCUGAGAUGUUUGUCGCUGCCCCAGAAAACCUGGGAUACUCCUACGAGGUCCAGUGGCCAGCUCAAGCUUACACCCUGUCCGAGGUCAUCACCAUAGCUGUCAUUGGGGUAGUGCUGGUGGUGGCGGUGGUGGGCGGAGUCAUCGCCUGUGCCGUGCGUGCCCGCUCCUACCGAUCAGCCGAGGCUUUUGAGCCGCUGCUCGGAGAGACUUUCCGACGCUACUCAGAGGACGACCGGAGGUUGGACAAAUCGCAGUCUGUCGUCUGA